UUGUCGUACACUGUUCUGAACAAAGAGUGGGAUGUAGUGGGGAGUGUAUUGGAGCUACUGGAACUCUCUUGUUUGUGGCUGGAACAGCGGGGGCUUAUUCAGAGCAGAGUCGGUGCGGGAGGCAUCAUUCAGCGCAGGGGGACUGAGUACAGCAAAGGUAAACAAGGUCUUUAAUCGAGCAGCGGACAUUUGAAACCAGAGGACAGUCGAGAAAAUGCCAGAUGUGAGUGGAGGGCUUUUGCAGUUUGCAUAGGAGGUUAUAAGUAGAGGAGUGAACCGUGCCAGGAAUACGGAGCAGACCUCAGCUGUUGCACGGAUCUAGGCUGACUCUAUUUGUCACGGCUCAUCUUCCAUUCCUUCUCAUCGACUGCCCUCCUCGUUGCAUUUGUCUGGUCACUCCUUCCCUCUCUCUGGAGCCAUGCACCCCCAGCGUCCUCUUCCCCAGGCCAUGCCUGCCGCCUCUCUGGGACAACACCUGCGGGACAUGGCCAUGGGCCUGGGACGAGGCAAGAACUUCCUGGGAGGAAACUUUGCCUAUGGAUUCAUCCAGUCAGUUAAGGAAUGCCUCUAUUUCCUUCUCUGCUGCUGGUGCAUCAAAGAGAUCCUGGACUGACAGACUGAGAGAAAAGAGUAUAUCAAGUGGCAGAACAUCGAUUUUUCCUUGUUUCUCCAUUGGUUCCUAAAGUGUAAUUUCAACCAGCUUUUAUUUCAUCAGAUAUGGAGUGUUUGAUGAGUGAUGCUGGCAAAGCAUUGGCAGUGUCUCUAUUGAAAGAUGUUUUGGGGUUCAAGAAGCUCACCUGCAGGUUUCAAGAUGAUGCGGACUUUAUUUCAGGACUGGGUUAGAGUUUUCCGAAUUUCAGCCUGAUGAUCUGAGAUUUCCAGGGCUGUGGCUCACUUGAUCUUCACUGUACAACCACAAAGUAGUGUGGCGAUGAAUAAA